CGGUUAUGUCAAAUUUGCAAAAUUUUCUUGAGAUUCGCUAGUUACGAGUUUAGUUUUCCUUUUUAUUGUGGUCGUCGAUUUUCUGCGUUGUCAAUAUCAUUUCGCGGACGCCGUUGACAAAGUACUCGCCUCUUUUUUAUUAUAUUUUCUACUGAAUAACGGCGUACAUUAUGUUAUCGACGGCACGUUUACUAUCGAAACGAUGUUUUUCCACGUCCAAGUCCCUAGCUGCCCAACAAUUAACCGUGCGGGAUGCACUCAAUCAAGCGAUGGACGAAGAAAUGGAAAAGGAUGAGCGCGUAUUUUUGUUGGGCGAAGAGGUAGCUCAAUACGAUGGUGCCUACAAGGUAUCAAGAGGACUGUGGAAGAAAUAUGGUGACAAACGGGUUAUCGACACUCCGAUCACUGAAAUGGGAUUUGCUGGCAUUGCUGUUGGUGCUGCUAUGGCCGGUCUGCGUCCCAUUUGCGAAUUUAUGACGUUCAACUUUUCGAUGCAGGCCAUUGAUCAGGUAAUCAAUUCGGCUGCAAAAACAUUUUACAUGUCAGCUGGUACAGUGAAUGUACCAAUUGUAUUUCGUGGUCCAAACGGUGCUGCUGCUGGUGUAGCGGCUCAACAUUCACAGUGUUUCGCUGCAUGGUAUGCUCAUUGUCCGGGAUUAAAGGUUAUUUCUCCGUACGAUAGUGAAGAUGCUAAAGGUCUACUUAAGUCAGCCAUCCGUGACUUGGAUCCCGUUGUCUUUUUGGAAAAUGAAAUGGUGUACGGUACCGCAUUCCCUGUGUCCGAUCAGGUGUUGGAUAAAGAAUUCUUAAUUCCAAUCGGAAAAGCGAAAAUUCAACGACCCGGAAAGCAUAUAACCGUAGUGUCGCAUUCGAAAUUCGUCGGUACGGCCUUGGAAGCUGCCACUGAAUUGGCCGGCAACGGAAUCGAAUGUGAAGUGAUCAAUUUGAGGUCGAUACGUCCGUUAGAUGAAGAAACAAUAUUCAAGUCAGUUCAAAAAACGCAUCAUUUGGUUACGGUAGAGGGCGGAUGGCCUCAAAGCGGUGUUGGAUCUGAAAUAUGUGCCCGAAUUAUGGAACACGAAACAUUUUUCCAUUUAGACGCACCCGUGCAUCGAGUAACUGGUGUCGAUGUUCCAAUGCCAUAUGCCGUAUCAUUGGAGGCCGCUGCAUUGCCACAAGCAAAGGAUGUGGUAGCCGCUGUUAAAUCUGUUUUGAAUGUUAAGUAAACGACGAUCGAACAAGUCAUUUGUGUUAGAAGAGAGAACGAGAGGGAGAAAUGGCAAAUUCGAUUUACCAGAAAAUUUAUUUAAAAAGAGAAAAGAGAAAACCUAGCAAAAUUGCUUACAAAUUAUUAUUUUAUUAUUUUUUGGUGAAAACGAGAUCAAAGCAAUAUAAUCAAUCUCAUUACCACGAACGAUUUUACAUAAAAUAAAAAAAUUCCUUAGGAAUAUCAACUGCAAUGCGAACACUUUCUUGCUGAAAGGAAGUCUAAAAAUUUCUUUACUUUUCCGUUGUUGAUUAGAUGAACGUUUUUGAAGCAUUAAAGUCCGUGCAAUCUUUUCUUGCUUUUAAAACAAAAAAAAGUAAAAAAAA